AUGGCGCGCCAAAAAGCUCAAGCCGCUGGGCCGGCUUCAACUCAACAACAACAAACGGCAUCUGAGCGAAACCAGGACGGUGAAGCCGUAGAAAUCCAAGUCCCACAGUUCUUCAACACGACUUUUUCAACUCACCGCGUGUCUCCGCUUUAUAUCGGCCCGCAAAAGCUUGACCAGGCCCGCCUUGACCGACUUGCUCACCGGCUCCGUGACACGCUGGUUGGAGAUGUGGUUCGCGGCGUUCAGAUUGGACUCGAGGCUACAGACACGCCAAUGGGCCAGGUUGGGCCGCUGAAAGCUGUGACUUUCCGUUGGUUUCAGGCAACGGACAUACUGGGUGACAAGAGCUCCGAGGGCUUGGGCCAUGAACAGACAAAGGGACUCUGGAUCGAGUUGCGUCAUGAGAACGCUGCCUACGUCGCGCUGUUGCUGCCUGGAUUCUCACAAUCACAAAAGGCUCCUAGCACUUCAGCUGCCUCACUAUGGACCAUGAGCCUAGACAAGCCUGAAAUCGGUGGGGCUGACAGCAGCCAAUUCCUUCGCCUACCUCUGCUACUCCUUCGAAUGCCCCAGCCUCUCAAGGCAGUCAUCAGCGAGUGGCUGUCAACAACAUUUGACUGCCGUGUCACUAAACUCAAUCUGGGCACCCGAACUCUGGUCGAUGUACUAGAGCGCUGGAUUCAGGAAACUGGACUACCCCGAGCGGAGUCGGACCUUGUGUUGACUCUAGCAUUCAACGCACCUGUAACAGAUAAAGGUCGAGCACCUGUACUUCCUUCGAGCGGGGAUCCAGGGGACGGCGACGGUGAAGAUGAAGAGGCAGCUGAGCCCGGGCUACGGAGCGUGGAAAUUUGCAUAUCCGCAUCGGAUUUGCGUCGCUUCCUACGAGCUGGAAAGGAGUUACUGAAGUCUAAACAGACAUCGUCUAAAUCGACUUCGAAUACGCCUUCAUGGGAGCAUGAUGACCGAGAACGACGCAGGCUCGCUGGUCCGCACAUGGACGACGGGUGGGGAUGGCUAAAGAAUAAAGAAGGACCUUCGUAUCCCUUGAUGGAAGCUUUGGCAAAUCAUCUAAACCACCACAUGGCACUGAAUUUGUUGCAUCCAGGCGUUCGUGUCACUCAGGUCUCAUGCGGGGGAUUUGUCCUCUCACAGUCUCGGAUCAAAAUUGUAAAAUCUGGAGAGGUAACCGAUGAUCUCUCCAGAGCGGCUUGGAUGUUUGUUACGCUGCUGGGUGAAAGAGUGCAAGGCGACGAAAUUCCUUUGGUGACUUGA